AGGUAAUGUAAGGAUUUCAGCAAUAAGCAAGAGAGAAAGCAGGCAUGUCAGCUCUUUGUCCACCACCGUCUCCUGCAGUUGCUAAAACAGAGAUCUCUUUGAAUGGCGAGUCACCUUUACUAGCUGCCACUUUUGCUUACUGGGACAAUAUUCUUGGUCCCCGAGUGCGGCAUAUCUGGGCCCCAAAGACAGAACAGGUACUUCUCAGUGAUGGUGAAAUAACUUUUCUUGCAAACCACACCCUGAAUGGAGAAAUACUUCGGAAUGCAGAAAGUGGUGCAAUAGAUGUGAAAUUCUUCGUCUUGGCAGAAAAAAGAGUGAUCAUUGUGUCAUUAAUCUUUGAUGGAAACUGGAAUGGAGACAGAAGCACGUAUGGACUAUCAAUUAUACUUCCACAAAGUGAACUUGGCUUCUACCUGCCACUUCACAGAGUGUGUGUGGAUAGGUUAACACAUAUUAUAAGGAAAGGAAGAAUAUGGAUGCAUAAGGAGAGGCAAGAACAUUUCCAGAAGAUUGUCUUGGAAGGCACGGAGAGAAUGGAGGAUCAGGGCCAGAGCAUCAUUCCAAUGCUGACAGGAGAAGUCAUUCCUGUAAUGGAACUCCUUUCAUCUAUGAAGUCACACAGUGUUCCAGAAGAAAUAAAUAUAAGUGACACAGUGCUAAAUGAUGAUGACAUCGGGGAUAGUUGCCAUGAAGGCUUUCUUCUCAAUGCAAUUAGUUCACACCUGCAGACCUGUGGUUGUUCUGUAGUUGUAGGAAGCAGUGCAGAAAAAGUUAAUAAGAUUGUGAGAACAUUAUGUCUGUUUCUUACACCAUCAGAGCGGAAGUGCUCCAGACUCUGUAGAAAUGAGUCUUCUUUCAAAUACGAGUCAGGACUUUUUGUUCAAGGCUUGCUCAAAGAUGCAACAGGAAGCUUUGUGUUGCCCUUCCGUCAAGUAAUGUAUGCCCCAUAUCCUACUACACAUAUAGAUGUAGAUGUCAAUACAGUGAAGCAGAUGCCCCCUUGUCAUGAACACAUCUAUAACCAACGACGAUAUAUGAGAUCUGAGCUGACAGCUUUUUGGAGAGCUAAUUCAGAUGAAGAAAUGUCUCAAGAUCAUAUUAUCCACACAGAUGAGAGCUUCACACCUGAUUUAAAUGUCUUCCAGGAUAUUCUGCAUCGAGAUACAUUAGUAAAAGCCUUCCUGGACCAGAUCUUUCAUCUGAAGCCUGGCUUGUCUUUAAGGAGUACUUUCCUUGCACAAUUUCUGCUAGUCCUUCACAGAAAAGCCUUAACUUUAAUAAAAUACAUAGAGGAUGACACACAAAGAGGAAAGAAGCCUUUUAGGUCCCUUCGGAGCUUAAAGGUAGAUCUUGACUUAACAGCAGAGGGCGAUCUUAACAUAAUAAUGGCUUUGGCUGAGAAGAUUAAACCAGGUCUACAUUCCUUUAUCUUUGGGAGGCCGUUCUACACUAGUGUACAAGAACGUGAUAUGCUCAUGACAUUUUGA